CAGGAUGGAUGGACUUGGCCAGUUGGGGCUCGAUCGUGACAGUUUGGAGAUCGGUUGUGGUCGAAUGUCAACCAUUUCUUGGUCUUGUUUAUUUACUUGUAUUCUUCGUUUGACGAGAUUUUGUUUGUCCGUCGUGGCCAAGCGCCGAAGCCUCGUCCGUUCAAAGUGUCGGUGCGUGUAUUGGAUGAACGAGGAGGUGUGAUAUACGUGCGGCCGGCCCUGCUAAACGGGCCUUGGCUCUGGGUCCGUCCAGAAUGCCAGACUCCGGUCCGUGUUGGCGCUCAGCUUCCAACAAUGCUCGUCUGGGAGCAGUUAUCCAUGAUUACCAAGCUCGGGCGACCAGCCAUCUGUCUCUACAAAUCGGGGAUACUGUGCACAUCCUGGAAGAGUGUAGAGGCUGGUAUCGCGGCACACUAUUGAAGAAUCGCUUGACAGGGAUAUUCCCAGCUAGCUUCAUUCACCUGGCAGAUUCUACACCUAUCAGCUCCACUGGAAAUGAAGUACCGCGUCGACUUGAUCCGUUGGAACAUGAGCUCAGUACCGUGCUGCCACGAUGGCGUCAGCUUCUUCUCAACAAGUUCUAUGUGGAGAAGCACGAGAUGUUUGGGAAGCUGCACGAUGCUGUGCUGGAAAUCCUGUCCAUUCGCAAGCAGCUUGCCACCCGGUCUUUAUCCUUGGAUGAGCAGCGGCAACUUCGACACAGAGCCACCUUUCUUAUAGACUGGGGACAUAAGAUCAUGAGCUUGCCACUGACACCUCGAAACAAGGACAAGGAAGUCGUUGAUGAGCGCUCUGUUCCUCUCAUUGAUCUACAUCGCAUGCAUCAGCAAUCAGCGCAGGAAAUGGCGAAAGGAGACUCGACUAUCCGUACCCUCUCGGUGUCAGUCAUAACUUCUGCCGUUCGGAAGGGAACUGAUAUCAGCGAGAAGCUUCACCAUCUCUACUUCAGGCUCUGUUCGUUGGAGUGCCAAGUACCUGGAGAGUUUGAGCUUCAUGCUUCUCUGUAUGACAUGCGCGAUGACUCAUUCUUCAGUGAGAGGUGCACAAUGAAGUAUGACAAAAACGGAGAGCCAACCUCCUACGGUGGAGCCGAUAACUUGCGCUUCAUUUUCACGGACUUGGGUGCGUUUGAGCAGCUGAGGAAAGAGCCAUAUAUGUACCUCGUCUUUCAUGUGAUUCGAAUCGGAGACAUGAUGGUCGAUCAGAAGCCAUCGAAGGAAGCGUUUCGCUUCCGUCGACCAUAUGCAUGUGCUGUUUUCCCCGUGGACAGCAUUUUGCAGAAGCCAAUCCAGCCUCAGCCGGAGGCAGAAGUCUUCACAGCUGAGUUGUACCAGUGUUCCAAUGACCAGGAUUUUGCAGCUGUACACACCAGUAUCAUCAAGAAGCAAGCAGGAAACUACAAGCCAUUGCUUGCCCGUCUGGAUUUUAGUCUUCAAUCGUUCCAUGGCCUUCUGACACGGGUGCGUGAGGGGUAUCCUCACCUAUUUCAAAAGCCAGUACCAGUUUGUCGCAAGCUUGGUUUCCCAGAAGUCAUCAUGCCGGGCGAUGCUCGGAACGACGUGUUUGUUUCCCUGCUGUCGGGUGAUUUCCGUGGCAAGGAUAAUAAGACUGCAGAGAAGAACAUGGAAUGUACAGUGUCAGUGCUGCUCAAGUCUGGUGAUGUUGUCGAGGGUGGCAUUGUUCCAGGAGUUUCUCAAGACAGUGCCUCUUGUUACAAGAGUUACAUUGUGCGGCACACCAACACUCCACAAUGGGGCGAGAUCAUCAAGCUGGACGUUCCGCACGACUUGUUUGCAACGGCCCAUGUUCGCUUUUGCGCCGCCCACCGCUCCACCAACAAGAAAGGUUUCCACAGCUUCAUGCUUGCCUUCCUGCCGCUUGUGCACUUACAAGGAACAGCGCUCGCCGACGAUGAGUACAACCUGAUAGUGUACAAGUGCGAUGCAUCAAUCUUCAACCACCUUGAACCAGCGCAGUAUCUUGGACUGCCUUGGAAUGCCAACAUAGAUGAAGCACCUCCCAACAACCACCUGCCUCGUUCAAUGUCUUCAUCGAAGACACUGCGACUGAAAGUGCGCUCAACAAUCUGCUCCACUAAACUAACUCAGAACUAUGACUUGUUGAAGUUCCUCAAGUGGCGAAGUUUGCCGGAUAUGCUGCAUUCCUGCCUGCGUGGGCUCAUGGAUGUCAGUGGCUAUGAAGUUGUCAAGUUCCUGCGCGACACGCUCGAUGCACUGUUCGCUAUUCUGAAUGAACACUCUGCAGACUGUGGCCAGCUUGUUUUUCAGUGCCUGGUACACAUCAUUAAGCUGCUCAAUGAGACUAAGUUCGAGAACUUUCGCACCGUCCUCAACUCCUACAUUGAAGACCAUUUCUCAGGAAGCAAGAUUUAUGAGAAGUUGAUCCAUGAGUUGAAGCAAUCACUGCACAAUGCUCAGAACUGCUCGGUUGUGGAUCAGACUUACAUUCGCACCGUGCAGUCUCUACAGUAUAUCUUCAGGUUCAUAGUGAUGUCGAGAUUGCUCCAUACCCGCUCAUCACCAGAAAACGACGAGGAAAUGUUCCAAGCCGACCUGCUGGGCGUGUUUGACAGCUUUGUUGCUAUUCUGGAGCAAGACAAGUCAAAUACAAACACUGCCUUGCAGGCCUCCUUGCUGCAGUCUUUCCCAACCAUCUUUCUGGAAGUCUUGCAAGUUCUCCAGCCUGAUGAUUUCUCGCGAGUGAUCCAACGCGUGCUGGACUGCGUGCCUACCAAUCGCCUCAACAAUCAGAAGCUGCACUGCAUUGGCCGUAUCGUCAGUAGUGAUCUCUGGCGCAAUGAAGAUGCCCGCACAAUUCUCUUGCCAACGCUAUUGUACCACUUGAAGUCACUCAUGCAACAAGGAGAGCUGGAGGCUGCGAAGUGUCUGGAAAUCGAAGGCGAUUUACUGAGGGUUCUGAAGCAAGAUGAUGUAGGUGCAAUCCAUGAUAAUACAUCGAUUAUUUCCAAGUCAUUUCUUGCUGUGUUGAUGCGCCUAUCUGGUCAACGUGGCAAGUCAUCUCAGACAGCGACUGCCGCUACACUUUUCUCGUCACUCCUCGACCUGAUGACGGAAAGCCACUAUCAACAAUACCUGGUUGAUUUUGAUAGCUGGGAGAAGGCCGAGGGGUUCUUGACGGAGUUCUUUGACGCCCUGCGCAAAGUUCUGGAGAAGAGUCCGUUUCCAAACGACUGGGCAGCUAUGCAGAUUGCUGUGUGCAAGGUGUUUUUGAAAGCUACCAAGUGCUUCUCGACAUCCAUGCAAGAAGUCUUGCACCGUGAAAGGAAAUUCUCCGUUUCGCUAUGGACAUCUCUGUUCAACUUGCUCAUGGACAUUGCAUGCGCACCGGCCCUGCAGUUGGAUAAGUUACCAGCAGCCCAGCAAUAUGACUUCCUGGCUAAGCAUGGCGACAUCCGUGUGGAAGUUGGCAAGGAGGUAGUGGACAAGUGGCAGCAAUUCGACAUGACCCAGAAGUUGUCAUUCGUGCCAUCUCUGGCCGGUGUUUUCCUGAAGAUCUCACUGCUAAAGCAGCAUGAGCUGCGGAGACUGGUGAUACCGCUCUUCAUCAACAUGAUAUCGUGUGAACUUGCGGCUACCGGAGAUUUCCAGCAGGUAUGCGCUGAGCUGGUGGACAAACUGGACGACUUUGUCAGUAUCCAUGAUAUGGGCGACAACAGCUACAGAGAACAUAUGCACAACAUAAUGGAGGAGUGCUGCCUACAGGAUGCGGCAUUGCGUGACGCUGGUGGCAUGGAAUUUGUUGACUACAGCACUAUGCUGUUAGAGCGGCUACUUGAUCUUCGCAAUAUCCCGGACGGAGACGAGCACAUGAUUCCAAGGAUGCAAGCAAUUAUCAACUUGAUGCAAUACUACAAGCAGAUGCAGCGGGAUGCUAUGUACAUCAGGUACAUCUAUCGUUUAGCCAAGUUCCACUUGGCUGCCCACAACUACUCCGAGGCGGCAUUUUCCUUGCUCAACCAUGCUAAGAUACUAAAGUGGGAAGACAUUGCAGUGACAGUCAAAUGCGACUUUCCUGAUUUGCCACCAGCGAAGACGGAGCUAGAGCUGAAGAUCCAUCUUUACAAGAUGAUCAUUGAUUUCUUUGACAAGGCCAAGGUCUACGAAGAGGCUAUACCGCUCUGCAAAGAACUAGCCGAUCAGUAUGAACUUGUCACCUUCCAGUACAAAGAUUUGAUUCCAAUCUACCAAAGAAUAGCAGAUCUGUUUGGCAAGAUUGUGGAGGAGGUCCGUCCAGUCAGUGAAUUCUUCCGCGUCGGCUUCUACGGUACAAAGGCGCCAUCAUUCAUGAAGGGCAAGCAAUUCAUAUUUCGUGGACGCGAGUUUCAGCAUGUGUCCGACUUCACGCACCUGCUACUUGCCAGCUUCCCAAGUGCCUCGAUACUGAACUUCAACACAGAGCCAGAUGCCGAGUAUGAAUACAAGGAAGGCAUGUUUAUUCAACUGUCAAAGGUUGAGCCCAACAUCCAGCUCAGAGAUCUGGAGCGUGCGUCAGUGUAUGCAAGCCAACCGCCUGCUAACAAUGUGGAGACGUUCACUCUCAAUCGGCCUGUGCAAAAGGGCGAAAAGAAAGGUUUUGCGGACAUGUGGAUUGAACGUACAAUCUACACCACUGAGCUACCAUUGCCUGGACUUCUUCAUUGGUCUCCUGUCAGCCAUAGAGAAACUUUUGACAUUUCUCCUCUUGCAAAUGCGGUAGAGUGCAUAGCGCUCAAGAACAGAGAGAUCCGAGAAUGCAAGACGAGGGCAGAGAAGAACGCCGAGCAGCUUAACCCGCUUAGCAUGAUCUUGAAUGGUGUGAUUGACGCUGCGGUGAUGGGCGGACUGGCUGUUUAUGAAGAGGCAUUCUUGUCGAAAGAGUACGAGGAAUCAAACCCACAGGACUCAAAGCUUGUGGAAAGGCUGAAAGAAUUGAUCAAGGAGCAGAUCAUCAUUCUGGGUGAUGGCCUGGUAGUGCAUGCACGCCUUGCUCCAGAGGCCGUGCGCCCGCUGCAUGAGAAAAUGGAGGAGAGGUACUUGGAGAUGCAGCAAAAGUACUACCCGGAGAGCAUAGUGCAUUCGACCAAGACGAAUUUCAUCAGUCCCUCGCCAGCAACCUCAAUGAAUGAUUUGUCCAGGACAGCAGCACUCAAUGGAGACGGCAGCUCACCCGGAUCUGCACGAAGACCAACAGUUUCUGUCGUAGCGCCUGCCAAGGCUGCUACCUCCAAGGCACCAAAGGCAACCACUAACCUUGCUGCAAUGACACUGGCUAUGUUUGGCGGUCUGGAGAUGGCACCAGCUCCCAGCACCACCAAGUCAAAGCCACAAUCAACACCUGAUAACAAAGCUAAUGAAAGCGCGACAGCAACGACAGGGAAGAGUGCAGAGAAAAACGGGGUACACAGCAGUGAGCAGAAGCUGACUAGGAGACAGAGUGGGAUUGAGAGCGAGAUUCUAAAGUCAUCUUCUGCUACGCGGGACACGUUACUGGAGAUCACGACUGGUCACAGACGCCGGUUCUACACGUUUGGGACUAAGCCUGGUGGUGGUGGUGGGGGUGGUGGUGGUGGACGAAAUAAGCGGAGCAUGUCGCUGGCGCACUUGUCACUGGACCAGGAUGCCCCUCCGCGGCGUGCUACUCUAUCACCGACUGCUGCGCAGCACUCGCCAGGCCCCGUUCCGCAUAACCAGAGCCUUUCACUCCCCACUGAUCUGGAUCCCAGGGCAAUGUUAUCCAGGCCACGGGCAAUGUCCUUUGUACCGAAACCAGGCUUCUCUGAAGGCGGCGGCAGUGUGUUUCGCAGCAAUCGACGCUCUCGACUUUGCCGCCCGCGCUCUGCUAUCCUAAAUGGUGGUGGCAACGACGGCAAAGCUACCGGUGAGUAUGCAGAAGGUGAUGGUGACGAUGAUGAUGACGACGACGAUGAUGUUGCUGGCAAUCUUUUGCUUGCCAGCUCUCCUGUCAUAAUCAAAAGUAGCCCGCGGUUCACCAGGUCUCGCAACAGCAAGACAUCACUGCAGUCGUUGGAUGAAGAUGGCGAACCUAGCAAGGAUCAGCUCACGACUGUGCUUGAUACUGAGACUAAUGGAACAAGCAAUCCGUCGGUCAUGCUGUUUGCUGCUGAUACUGAUGCUGACUCUGGUCUGGGUAUGGUUUCCACAUCCUUACCGGCCCACCUCGGUCGAAGCAGUUCUGAAAAUGUCACGUCGACUGGUACAAUACUCUUAGCGAACAGGUAUGAUCCUCGGGAGAAGGACUUGCAAGGAUAUGAGGCUGGUGACAGGAGUUCACCACCGGUGACACAGUUGUCAAUUGUAUAGGCGGCGUGCAGCUAGUGGAAGCGGAAGAGAUUUGCGAUGCUGUACACAUCUGCACAGUUUGUAAUACUCUUGAGCCGGCUAUCAAGUUUGCUUGUUGAAGAGUAGUUUCAUUCUUUUGGGCAAGCAUAGUGUGGUAAACUGACAUGCAUGCCGCCGGUUCAGUCACUGUUAUAAACACUGCUCUACGUGGCUGCUCAGUGCUCACACAUGCUGCCUGCCUAGUGUGGGCACGCUGUAGUGAACACUAACAAUAGUAUGUCGGUGUUCACUACACCGCUACAACGUCGCUGUAUUAAGUUAUUACAGGGGUGUCGGACACGCUACGGUCACUGCAGUAUUGACCGUACCACUUCUUGCCCCAGGUACCGCGUGAAUCAUAAAAAUACACUGAUCUGGCUCUAGAUUUCCAACAUUUUCGGCUCAGCAACCCCUCCCCUCGAGUAAAUUGUACUGUAAGUUCAAAUUGCUGACCGUACCACACUAAAAAUACCUUCCAACGCCCCUGUAUUAUAUUGUACACUGCUGUUCUGCUCCAACAGUGAAGUGUAGUGCAAAGUUGGGCUGUGCAUCUUGAUUUCUAUGUUGUUAGUAUUUACUUUUGCGCCUUUCUUCUGCAUAGGUAGUUUAUGAGACGAGAGUUUUCUUGACUAAUUGGUCAGUUGCAUCACACAGCUGGUAGUUGGUUGUGGAUGUACACGUAUUUAUCACACACAUUUAUCACACACACGCCUAGCUGACCUGCUUUAACACAAUCUAUGUGUGUUUUGGCAACUUUUUGCCCAUAUGCACCAUGUUUUGUUAGUUUAUAACUUAGGUGUUUGUUUCAGAAUUUCGCUUGUAUAAGUGAAAUUCUGCUCUCUUUUUGUGUUGGCGGAAGUUCAAUGUCUCAAUGCCACGUCCUUACUCGGUGACCGUCGGUGACAUCAUCUGCCAACCAAGCUUGUACACUGUAGUUUGACACCCGUUGACUCUCGCUGAUUCCCUCUACCAGUCAAGGUUGUAGCUUGACUCCGCCAUGCCGGUUACUUUCAAGUUUCUAAUGACAUUCAUGUUUACCUUUGCUGCACUGUGAGCUGUUCUCAGUGCUCGUUGAGUUGAGUUAGGCAAUAUGAAAUCUGAUCAGGUGUCA